CCAAUCACACGCCGCGACUGGCGUUAACCGGAAGGAGUUAUAUUUACUUCAUUUUCACAGAAGCUUUGGAAAACGUCUGCGAGGAUGACCUGUAACAGCAGUGUGACUCGUGUUAAUGUGUCAUCGGUGGGUCAGGCACUUCGAGCACCAGUCCACCUAAUGCCCUGUGAGAUUGAACACAAUGGACCAGCCCAAGUCUCACAAUACCUCACUGCUACCACCAAAGACCGCAAAUAUGAGAAAACGGUGUCAUUCAGGGGGCGUGGGCUGAAGGGGCAGGAGCUCAGCUGUCCACAGGGCUACACCGGCCUGGUGCUCAAGGAGAUCAACAAGACCGGCUCUGACCAGGAGGACAGGACAGUGAGGGUGUCCUCUGUGUUUGACAAGGUGACCUACUGGAACCUGGAAACGGCUCCCAAUUCAGACGAUACAGUUGUCAUGGCGAUGGACUGGCCUGAGCUGGCUGAGGCGAUUCACGGGCCAGUAGAAGACUGAAGAAAAAGACGACUAAGAGGAGGCAGACUGGCUUCGCCUCAGUGCUUCAGGAGUAAAAUGUACACAACAAAAAACCGAUAGAUGUAGUGUUUAUAUUUUUGUAUAUAUUCUUUUCUAGUGAAAUAAAAAACAAUUAUGUUGAAUCUGA